AAGGAAUAAAAUCAGGAAAGGUCGGGGGAGGAGGGAGAAAUUUUGUAAAUGGAGGGCCCUACCCACCAUUCAACGCCACACCCUUCCCGGCUAUAAAAGUUAUCUAAACAGCCCAGAUCGUAAAGUACUGCUGCUUCUCCGACUCUACUCCACCAUCUGUGCAGUCUUCAGAUCCUUCUCCGUCAGCCACACAACCCUUGUCUUCGCGUCCUUCCUUCAGUCGACAGUUGUCUCGCGUCGUCCUACACUGACAUGGGUCCCAAGGCUGUCUUGGUGUUUGCAGCAGUUUGUUCAGGCCUGGCCAUGGUGAGAAGUCAGGCGAUAAUGGACUGUGAGAACUAUAACCCUAACAUCUGCUUUUCGGACGUCGUUCCGUUCUGUCUUCAAAAUGGAACCAUCGUCAUCAGCAUCUGUGAAGCCAAGCGUGCAGUGUGCAGAGAAAAUGCUCAGUUAGAUGAAACGUUCGCCGCAUGCAGGCCACAGCAACCCAACUUCGACUGCGACAACUUUAACCCUAUGGUCUGCAGCAAAGAUACCAUUCCCUUCUGCCUCACCGACGGAACAGCAAUCACAGGCAGAUGUGAGGCACAGAAAGCUGUUUGCAAAGAAGGCAAAACAAUCGACCCCUCGUUUAAGGCCUGUGACAAAAUUUCACCUAGAAGCGAGGAUCUGGACAACGAUUCCUCAAAACUGGCAGCAAAAGCCACAGAAAGGAAAAUUGGAGAUAAAGAACUGUAAAGAUGCUCAAUUUUGGCUCCGACCAUAAGAUGGGGGUGUGUAGAACAGGAGGAACUGGACUGUCUGAAAACUCCAAUGCCUUUGCCAAAUUUUUUUGUCAGGGGAAUGCUUCAACUCCUGCACUUGAUGACACAGAGGUGUCUGGCCAAUCUUUGUGAAUAUGCUGCAGGUUGGACUACAAGUCAAGUCCUCUGAUCUACCUGUCAUUAAAAUGGAUACAUAUAAACCUGACCAUCAAAAAAUAUGAUUUUCUAAAAUAAAGUCAUCAUAACUAUAAUCUAGCUCUACAAAACAGUUAUUGUAACAAUAAAUAAUCUUAUGUACUUGAAAGCAUACUUGUUUCUCACAAUGAAAGCUCUGGUGACAAGGAAACAAAAAAUGAAAAUGUGUGUGCUGCUGCAUAGUCUAAACUUACAUUCUUGCUAAUGGCUAAGAAUAAAGCUUAAAAACAAGCCAAGUUUAACUAUCAAAGACUAUUUAAUUUGAAGAAAUAAAACAAGCGUUACACAUACAGAUGGAAGCUAGCAUAUGCAGCUACCACAGCCACAAACAAACACACAAGUAUGCACACAGACUACAGAAAUGAAUGCCACUAAUUAUCAGCAAGAUCUCAUAUCAUUACAUAUAGUUGUGGUGCUUAUUAGUUGUUAAUAAUCACAUUCUGCAGGUCUGAUUUCAUAAUUUGUUAUUACUGUGCACCCUUAUAUAAUGCAAAUAGUCUUGUCAACAUUUGCUACUAUGAAACA